AUGGCAUGUAUCACUCUGAAAUUGCCCAGCACUGUCGUCCAUUCCUCCGGCUACCUCCGUCGAGUUCUCCACUACCUCCGACCACCUCAGUGCCUCCCUUCUUCGCCACAUCUGGCAGAACUCGACUUCACAACAGGCAAGGAAUCGACAGCCAAUCUUUUGACGUGGGUUUUUGUUCUUCUCGGAUCAAAUCACGAAUGGCAGGAAAAAGCUCGUGAAGAAGUAUUUCGGGUCUGUGGCAACGAUGAGAUUCCUUCAGCUGAGCAUUUGUCCAGCUUCAAGAUGAUAUAA